AUGGUCGCCGCCGCCUUUCCCAUCGUAAAGCUGGCGGCGCUGGCCUUCCGACAGGUGGCCAAACCGAUCGCCAACUCAUUCAAGGAACGGGCGAAGAACUCGCCCUUCUUCCGGGUGUACAUAUGUAUGCCUCCCGCGCAGGCCUACCACUGGAUGGAAGUGAACGUCAAGAUGAAGCUGUUAGGAUUGGGUAAGCCGUCGCAGGUCCAGAAGCUCAACGAACAGAUGGCCAUUGAUUUGGGCGCCGAACUGCUGGGCGAAGCGAUCAUCUUCUCGGCGGCGGCGCUCACUCUCGUCGCUGAGUACGUCCGACAGAGCCGUAAGGCGGCCGCGGAGGCGGUGGUCGUGGAGGAGCGCUGGACGACAGCCGAGUCGCGGAUAGAGGAACUGGAGUUUCUGGUCGACAAGCAGGCGAUGGAAGUGCGAGAACUCACGAGACUAUUGUACGCGACUAAA